GAAGAAUUAGGGAAGAUGUGUUUUCAGUGUCUUGUGGUUUCCUGCAGAUCAGCUGAGCCCAGCUUGCACAUCCAAGGCAAUUCCUGCACAAGAAAGAGACUACAAGAAUGGAUCUCUGUCAUCUUAUGCUUCUCUCUGAUCUGCUUCAAUUUUUACAACCUCCUCUUCUACCUGCGGCUGGAGCACACGCCCUCGGUUCUCGUUGGGAUUUUUGCAGGAGUUAUUACGGCCGACUUCCUCUCAGGACUGUUCCACUGGGGAGCAGAUACCUGGGGAUCUGUGGAGCUGCCCAUCGUUGGAAAGGCUUUCAUCAGACCCUUUAGGGAACACCACAUUGACCCCACAGCAAUCACCAGACAUGAUUUCAUAGAGACCAAUGGAGACAACUGCUUCAUGACACUGGUCCCCUUGGCAAACAUGGCAUACAAAUUUGUUUCCUUUUCCCCAGAGGCGCUGUGUGAGAGCUGUCCCUGGGACUGUUACGUCUUUGCCCUCAUCAUCUUCAUCACCAUGACGAACCAGAUCCACAAGUGGUCCCACACGUACUUUGGCCUUCCACGCUGGGUCGUGUUCCUGCAGGACUGGCACAUCAUCCUGCCCCGGAAGCACCACAGGAUCCACCACGUGUCCCCACACGAGACCUACUUCUGCAUCACCACGGGAGUAAAAGUUCCUCGUAAUUUUCGUCUUUUGGAAGAACUUGAAGAAGGUCAGAAGGGAGUAGGGGAUGGAACAGUUAGCUGGGGCCUUGAAGAUGAUGAAGAUAUGACACUUACGAGAUGGACAGGAAUGAUUAUUGGGCCUCCAAGAACAAUUUAUGAAAACAGAAUAUACAGCCUUAAAAUAGAAUGUGGGCCUAAGUAUCCAGAAGCACCUCCAUUUGUAAGAUUUGUAACAAAAAUUAAUAUGAAUGGAGUAAAUAGUUCUAAUGGAGUGGUGGACCCCAGAGCCAUAUCAGUCCUAGCAAAAUGGCAGAAUUCUUAUAGUAUCAAAGUUGUUCUGCAAGAGCUUCGGCGUCUAAUGAUGUCUAAAGAAAAUAUGAAACUUCCUCAGCCACCUGAAGGACAAUGUUACAGCAAUUAAUUAAAAAAAAACAAAACCAACAUGCCCCCCCUUAUUCAAUUUAAGCUGUCUUCAUUUUCCACAGUAGUAAAUUUUCUAGAUGCAUCUUGUAGACCUCAAAAUACUGGAAAGGAAGUUCCCAUUCAAAGGAAGUUUUUCUUGAGAUACUGUAAAUGAUACUAAUUUUUUUUUUUCAUUUGAAAUAUAAGUUGUGCUAUAACAAAUAAUCCUGUCGUGUAACCACUGUCCACAUAGCUGAACUUCUGGUAUCAGGAAAAGUCUAUUUAAAUUUAUUACUGUCAAGACCAGUGUGGCACAUCCAACUUAACUGUGAAAGGAUCCAUCCCACAAUCACCUUGCUGUGUGUCUGGCCUGGGUUAUUUUUUUCUUUCUCUGUCUUUUGCAAUAGAGUCGAAGCUCAGGGCUAUUUAUUAGAGUAGACACAAAGGUUUUUGCUUCCAGUACUACACUGGGCUGUAUGGACUACUACUGGGGAUGUGUGCUAACCUCAGUCAUCCCUCCCUUUGUGCUCGCUCUAGUAAAGGCUGAAUGUGACUGUGGUCGUUUUUGGGUUUUUAUUAUUUUUUAAAUGCCCUGAUAAUCUGGGGCAAGCUUUCCUUCUUUCCUUUGGCCAAGGCAUAGAUUGUAUUUCUCUUCCUGGUCUCCCUCACCAGUGACGUGAGCUUUGGGUGAGGGAUUCAGGGUUCUUUUUAUCUCUUCCCUCUUCCCCUCCUUUUAGUGGGGGUGCUGCUUUCUUUUGCCCCUCUUGGUGACUCUUCUCACCCCUGGCCCAGGGGUGAGCAUCGGGGCAAUAACUUGACCUGUUCCCUCCUGCUUAUCAUUUUGGUUUUGCAACAAGUUUAGUCUUCACCAGCCUGGGAAACAAGAGUGUCUGUUCUGCUGGCAGGCGUGGCUUUCCCUGCCCUCCACACCGCUGCCACACCGCCAGGCUGUGCUCCUAGAUAGGCUUUGACGUGGGGAAAAGAGCAGUCAUUUACCAGGAUUGCCCAAAGCUUCUGCUGCCAGACUUCACUGAGGGACACUCUGCACGUAGGGAUUCUGAACACGCUCCAGGUACCCUCAAAUCACUGUUUUGGUGCUUUGGAUUGACCCAAGAAUGUUAAUUAACAAAACGUUGCACUUGCGCGUGCCCCUUCUAAAGAUGUCACAGCCACAGACAAAUCAGAUCCGGGUGGCAGGUUUUAUUGGGGUUCUGUAAGUCUUAGAAAUCUCUUCAGUGAAGAUUUUGGGGCAGCGGUGGCACAGCAGAUUAAGGACCUUGACUGGCUUUGCAUCCUGGCAAAUCACUGCCUUUUCUGGUUUACUCUUCCGGACCACUAACUGCUGCAAUGUGGAUGCAAGCUUACAGGAAACCAACCUAGUGUGUCCUAAGUUUUAUGAAAAAUUCAGUGUUUGUGUAAAAAAAAAAAAAAAAAGAAAAGGAAAAAAAGAAAAGAGUAAAAAUAAACACAUUUUAAAGCAGCAGCUGUCAAGUCAAUGAACAAUUGAUGUUUCCAUUAACUUCUGAGGAAAAUAUUAGUUGUAAGGAUUUAACAUCCUCUGUACUGAAAGUUUAACAUAACAGUAUUCCAUAAGCAGCCUUUUUAUUGUAUCAGACCAUUGCCUGAUUUUAAUAUAAUAAAAAGUGUGCAUUAAUAUUA